AUGGCGGUCUUUGACAUUGCAGACGAGAAACACUUGGAGGACCAUGUGGAGACUGUGUCAAACAUUGUCACGAUCGACAACAUCCGGGUCCUUGGGUUGAGUGCCGACGAUGCCGAGUUCUAUACCAACUUUCCUGUGGACAGGCGGAAGAAGCUUCUGCGCAAGGUCGAUAUCCGACUAGUUCCGAUGCUGGCGGUCCUCUACCUCAUCUCCCAUCUCGACCGUGCAAAUAUUGGAAAUGCGAAGAUCGAAGGACUUGUCAAAGACCUUGGACUGACCGGUAUCCAAUGGAAUAUUGUUCUGAGCAUCUUCUUCGUUCCAUAUGUGCUUCUUGAGGUUCCUAGCAAUAUGCUCCUGAAGAACUUCUCCAGACCGUCUAUUUAUCUUGGUAUCCUGAUCACCUGCUGGGGUAUUAUCAUGACCCUUACUGGAGUGGUCCAGAACUUUGCUGGCUUGAUGGUCACUCGUGUUCUCCUUGGUGUAUUCGAGGCCGGGUUCUUCCCUGGAGCAGUCUAUCUAUGCACGUUUUGGUACAUGCCCAAAGACCUUUCUACCCGUAUCGCUGUUUUUUACUGUGCCAGUGCGCUGUCCGGUGCUUUCUCUGGCCUCUUGGCAGCCGGUAUUGCGCAGAUGGACGGCGUGGGAGGCCAGGAAGGCUGGCGGUGGAUCUUCCUGCUCGAGGGAAUUGUCACUGUCAUCCUGGGCGUGAUGUGCUUCUUCCUUUUGAUCGACUCACCAAGACGAUCUGGGAGAUGGCUUGAUCCCGAGGAGAUUCGGUACUUGGAGCUGCAGCAUUUCAUCAAAGAGGGUGGCCACUUCAAGGACGAGAGGAAGAGAGCCUCGUGGAGCGAUAUCAAGGCCGUGCUGUUAAACUGGAGAAUGUAUAUGCUGGCGUACAUCCUGCUCUGCCAGUCCGCCUGCUCAUACGGAACCAAAUUCACCCUGCCCACCAUCACCAAAGGAAUGGGCUUCACAAACACCAACGCCCAACUCAUGACCGUCCCGCCAUACGUCGCAGGUGCUCUCUCCGCCAUCUUCUUCUCCAAACUCUCCGACCGCUUCUACUGGCGGAUGCCCUUCGUCGCCAUCCCUCUGACCCUGGUAACCGUCGCCUACUCAAUCAUCAUCUCCCUCCACGGCCAGCUAAGAGAGAACAUCGGCCCGGCCUUCUUCGCAGUUAUCCUCACCUGCAUGGGUAUCUACCCCAUCCACCCGGCGACCACGUCCUGGACAGCCAAUAACCUCGCAUCCUCCAGCAGCAGAGCCAUCGGUCUGGCAUUCAACAUCUGCAUUGGGAAUAUUGGCGGGAUCAUCGGCAGCUACAUGUAUAUCGAUAGUGAGAGUCCGAAGUACUACACGGGGUUUGGUCUAUCAUUGGCAUUUGGUGGAUCAGGUCUCCUCGUGGCGCUUCUGCUGGAGCUGUCGUAUAUCUAUGGGAACAAGAAGAAGGCCAGGGUUACUGAGGCGGAGAUUAGGGAGCGGUAUACCGACGAUCAGUUGCUGGCUAUGGGCAACAAGUCGCCUCUUUUCAAGUAUACGUUGUAA